CUCCAUGGUCACUCGAGUAUAUCAAAGCAACUUCUCAAGUCGGGAGCAAGGACGAAUGGCCAAGCAGUCAGCGGGAAUACAGCGCUUCACUUUGCAGUCCUUCAGGGUCAUCAAAGUAUUAUGAAGUACCUACUCGAGCGUGACCCGAGUUUGAUCUCGGUGGCAGAUAGCCAAUCUCACACGCCACUAUUUUCAGCCGUCUUUCGAGGAAGCUCGUCUGCAAUUAAACUUUUACUUGAAAGGAGAGCUGACCUUAGGGCUCUUGACACAUAUGGCAACUCUGUCUUGCAUCACGCUGUGAAUAUAGAAAAGUCCAGUAUCAUAAAGUUGCUUCUGGAUAGGGGCUCAGACGUCAACCGACAGAAUGCCCAGGGCCGCACCCCUCUGCACCUCGCCAUUGUUGGAGACCACUCUUCUGCUGUCAAGGCAUUG